CCCACCCUCCCGCCACUGUGAGUCCGAGAGCCCCGCGCCCGUCCCCGCCCCACGCCCGCCAUGCGCGGCCCCUAGAGCAGCAGGCUCAGCGGCUGGUGCGGUGCCUGCUCGGCGGCGGCAAUGGCGCUGGAGACACGGCCGGAGCUGGUGGGGAAGCGGUUCCUGUGCCUCGGCGGCGAGGAACCGCCGGAGAGCGGGCGCUGGCGGGCUGGGGUCAUCCGCGCCGUGUCCCAGCGGGACUCGCACAGCCCCGACCUGGCGGUAUAUGUGGAAUUUGAUGAUCUUGAAUGGGAAAAGCGAGAAUGGGUUAAAGUUUAUGAAGAUUUUGCAACCUUCUUGGUGGAGUACCAGCUGGUCUGGGCGAAAAGAAAGGACCCAAGCCAGACUCAGGGAUCAAAGAUCAAACAAAUUCAAUGGCCUGCAUUGACAUUCAAGCCCGUGGUUGGAAAAAGUGUAUACAAUUCAAUUACUGCAGUAGAAUUCCUUGUGGACAAACAGCUGGAUUUCAUAGCUGAAGAUAGUGCCUUUCAGCCCUAUCAGGACGACGUAGACAGUCUAAACCCAGUUCUCAGGGAUAACCCGCAGUUACAUGAGGAAGUAAAAGCCUGGGUAAAGGAACAAAAGGUUCAGGAGAUUUUUAUGCAAGGUCCCUACUCCUUAAAUGGUUAUAGGGUGAGAGUGUACAGACAGGAUUCUGCCACCCAGUGGUUCACUGGCAUCAUCACUCACCAUGAUCUCUUCACCCGCACUAUGGUAGUUAUGAAUGACCAGGUGUUAGAACCUCAGAAUGUUGAUCCUUCUAUGGUUCAGAUGACCUUUCUAGAUGAUGUUGUUCACUCUUUGUUGAAAGGUGAAAAUAUUGGCAUCACUUCACGCCGACGGUCUCGUUCCAACCAGAACAGCAACACAGUUCACGGUCAUUAUACACGUGCACAAGCAAAUAGUCCCAGACCAGCAAUGAAUUCCCAAACUGCAGCGCCAAGACAGAAUUCUCACCAGCACCAGCAGCAGAGGAAUACUCGGCCAAAUAAGAGGAAAGGCUCUGAUAGCAGCAUGCCUGAUGAAGAGAAGAUGAAAGAUGAAAGAUACGAUUAUAUAGGUCGAGGAGAAAACCCCAAAACCAAAAAUAAACACUUUCUUAGUAAAAGAAGAAAACCUGAAGAUGAUGAAAAAAAACUAAAUAUGAAGAGACUGCGGACAGACAAUAUCUCAGAUUAUUCUGAGAGCAGUGACUCGGAGAUUUCAAAUAAAAGAUUAACAGAUUCACCCUCGGAGCAAAAUUCAGAAAAUGAGUUAAAAAGCAAGAACUCUUCAAAGAUAAAUGGAGAAGAAGGAAAAUCCCAAACUACUGAGGGAGUAGAGCAGACACUAAUAGAUAGACAAUCUCCAUGGGAUGAAGUACAGCAGGAUAAAAACCAUGAAGAGACAGAAAGACUGAAGUCGUCAGUCUUAGAUCAUCAGGAAAAAUCUUCGCUCCAUGCAGCGGAGCAGCCAACGCUUUAUGAGCAAACUGCCAAGGAUCCACCUUUUCAAGAGAGUAAUACAGAAAAGCAUCAUACUGUGGAGAUAAAAAAUGAGCAAUUCUUACCCAGACCUCCUACUCCUAAGUGUGUUAUUGACAUUACUAAUAAAAACAACUCUGAAAAGGAGAAACACGAUAAUUCUGCAAGUACCUUUGGUUUGCAAACUGUUCAGAAAAUAGAAUCUCACAGCAGUGAUUUAAAGCAGCAAUUUGCAAAUGCAAAUUUCCUUGAAGCAAGAAAACAGGAAGCUGAUCAAAGUUGGGUUAGCAGUGUUGAUAAAAUGGAUUUGAUACAACCUGGGGUUGUAAAAACAUUACCAGUAAAUGAACACUUAAAUUCUGAAAAAAUGCAGUAUGGCUCAUUUAUGUCUUCGUUAAAGGUAGCUUCUCUAGCAGAAGAGAGUAAACUGCGUAAACAAAGUCCAGUCCCUGAUUCUGUGAAGUCAAAAUCUAGUGCUUCAGUUGAUCAUCCUAAAACAAAGUCACCUGAUGUUAAGCCUAAAUUCACCCAAUCUUCUGAUACUGUGAAGUCUAAGGUUAGUUCCCAAAAUAGCCAUGCUACUGGAUUAACAAGGUUAGCCAAUAAAACUGAUCAUGAUUUGCCUAGGUCUAGUUUUCAUCCAGUUCCAGCUAGAGUUAGUGCUCUAGAAGCAACUAAGAGUCCUCUUAUCAUUGACAAGAAUGAACAUUUCACAGUAUACAGGGACCCCACUCUGAUUGGACAAGAAACAGGAACUAAUCACAUUUCACCUUACUUGCAUCAGCAUAAUUAUCCUCUGCAUUCCUCAUCCCACCGAACCUGUUUAAAUCCAAAUGCACAUCAUCCUGCAUUAACUGGUUCAUCCCAUCUGCUCGCUGGGUCUUCAGCUCAGGCUCCCUUGUCUGCUAUUAACACUCACCCCCUUAGUAGUGCAUCUCAUCACUCUGUUCAUCACCCUCAUCUACUUCCCACAGUGUUGCCCGGAGUGCCUGCUGCCUCCUUGCUGGGUGCCCACCCGCGACUAGAGACUGCUCAUGCUAGCAGCUUAAGCCAUUUGGCAUUAGCACACCAGCAGCAGCAACAGAUGUUACACCAGUCUCCACAUCUUCUUGGACAAGCUCAUCCUUCUGCUUCCUAUAAUCAGCUAGGGCUUUAUCCAAUUAUUUGGCAGUAUCCAAAUGGAACACAUGCUUACUCAGGACUUGGUCUGCCCUCCUCCAAAUGGGUCCACCCAGAAACUCCUGUUAAUGCAGAGGCUUCCUUGAGAAGGAAUACUCCCAGCCCCUGGUUACACCAGCCCACCCCAGUGACCUCAGCUGACAGCCUUGGUUUACGGAGUCAUAUUCCCGUGCGACCAUCCAGUGCAGAUCCCCUUCGGCCUCUUAAACUGACAGCGCAUUCCAGCCCACCUUUGUCCAAAAGUAUGGUAGAGCAUCGCAAAGAAGAACUGGAGAGGAAAGUGUUUGUUGAACCUUUGCGUUCUGUUACCACUGCACCAGUGAAGAGUGAACUAGAGCAGAGCAGAAUGCAGACAGCAAAGGAGAGCCAUCUGCAUAGACAUUAUGCAGAUCCAGUGUUGAACCAGCUGCCAAGGCCAUCACAGGAGACUGGGGAGCGACUGAGCAAAUACAAAGAAGAACACAGACAAAUACUCCAAGAAAGUAUAGAAGUUGCUCCUUUUACAGCUAAAAUAAAGGCACUGGAGGGAGAGAGAGAAAACUACUCCAGGGUAACAUCCUUAUCUUCAAGUCCCAAAAGCCAUUCAGUGAAAUAUGACAAAGAUGCUGAAUGCUCUGUGUCGGAACUGUAUAAAAUGAAACAUUCAGUUCCACAGAGUUUGCCACAGAGUAACUAUUUCACUACCUUGUCUAAUAGUGUAGUAAAUGAACCACCGAGAUCAUACCCAUCAAAGGAAGCUUCAGGUGUAUGUGUUGAUAAGCAAACUAAUUGUCCUUCAACAGCAGCUAGUCCCCAGGCUCUCCCCUCCUACAUUUCUUCCCUUUCAAAACCCCCACCUUUAAUUAAGCACCAACCAGAGAGCGAAGGCUCUACAAGCAAGAUACCUGAGCAGCUUUCACAGUCAGUGCAGUCUCACUCUGUAAAUUCUUUCAGAAAUGACAGCAGGAGCCCUACUCAGUUGUCAGUCUUAUCUUCAAAUACACUCCGGAGUAUGCCUGCCUUGCAUAGGGCCCCUGUGUUUCACCCUCCUGUGCACCAGAACCUGGAGAAAAAGGAGAGCAGCUAUAGCAGCCUUUCACCUCCAACUCUAACCCCUGUUCAACCUGUUAAUGCUGGUGGUGGCAAAAUACAGGAGUUGCAGAAACCGCCAACUUUAGUACCUGAGCCCAAGGAAGCCCAAACUGUUUACAAGGGCACUUCUGAACAGAAUUUAUCAGAAAUGUGGAAGUCUAAUAAUGCCCCAAAUAAUGAAAAAGUGGAUUGGCACAGUGAAAGAAUGAGUGGAAAGUCACAGUCCGCUACAGCAUCUGUUAUCGUGCAUCCUCCUUGUAGCACAAAAUACGAGAAUGUACCAGUAAUGCAGUCUGCUUCCAAAGAUCAAGUUAGUGAGAGAUCUUCAGCUGUGACAAAUCUAGCAGAUUGCCUGAAAACACUGCCAAAUAUGAACUCAGACAGUGCUCGCACACGGUACGAAAAGAAAUUUGCAGUUGUCUCGCAAGGCAGUAUUCCUCAUGCUGUCACCCCUACCACAACAAUCAUCUGCAGCACCAAAAUGGAUGUCACUGCAUCAGCAGCAAUGACAACCAGCGUGUCAAGCCAGGGGAGCUCUGAAGUGACUUACUCAGUCUCGAGCACGGUGUCCUGCACACUGCUGGAGUCCACAGCUCCAAGAGCGGGCAGCCAGGUGGCGGCACAGUUCCAGGAGGGCAAGGUCAGCACUCCAGCUCCGGUUACAUCUGCUGCUGGCAGCACAGGCAUUGCUGCUCAGCCCAGCUCAGGAUUCUCCACCUCUACUGACUUUGUUCAUUUGAAAAAGCACAAGGCAGCAUUGGCUGCAGCUCAGUUUAAAAGUAGUAACACCACUGAGACAGAGUUCAACUCUGUGAAAAAUCAGACAUUUUCAACCUCUCUCUCCCUAGACAGUGCUAUAGUCUGUAAUACAAUAAACAAAGCGAACUCUGUAGGCAGUGGGCAAACUUCCCAGACGAGUCAGCCAAACUACCACACUAAACUGAAAAAGGCUUGGCUAACAAGGCAUUCAGAAGAAGAUAAAAACACUAAUAAAAAAGAGAAUUCAGGGAACAGUGUUUCAGAAAUUGUUAAGCCGUGUACUGUCAAUUUAAUAGCUUCUACAUCAAAUGAUUUGCAAACUAAUAUAGAUACCAAAAUCUUGGCAGAUAAGUUUGUAAAGGAAGAUAAGCACCCAAGGAGAAAAGGAAAACGAACUUAUGAGUCUGGCUCUGAAAGUGGCGACUCUGAUGAAAGUGAGAGCAAGUCAGAGCAAAGGACUAAACGGCAGCCCAAGCCAACUUACAAAAAGAAACAAAAUGAUUUGCAGAAAAAAAAGGGUGAUACUGAGGAAGAAGUGAAACCAAAUGGUGUUCUUAGCAGGAGCGCCAAAGAAAAAAACAAGCUGAAGUUGCAGAGUGGCAGUAACAGCACUGGUAUACCUCGCUCAGUGUUAAAAGAUUGGCGCAAAGUAAAGAAGCUGAAGCAAACGGGAGAGUCCUUUUUGCAGGAUGAUUCUUGUUCUGAAAUAGGACCAAAUUUGCAAAAAUGCAGAGAAUGUAGGUUAAUAAGAAGCAAGAAAGGAGAAGAACCAACUCACUCACCAGUAUUUUGUAGAUUUUACUACUUUCGGAGGUUGUCUUUUAGUAAGAACGGAGUGGUUAGGAUAGAUGGUUUCUCCUCUCCUGAUCAGUAUGAUGAUGAAGCACUGAGUUUAUGGACACAUGAAAACUAUGAAGAUGAAGAGCUGGACCUAGAAACUUCUAAAUACAUACUAGAUAUCAUAGGGGAUAAAUUUUGUCAGUUGGUAACAUCUGAGAAAACAGCCAUGUCCUGGGUGAAAAAAGAUGCCAAAAUUGCAUGGAAGAGAGCAGUGAGAGGAGUCCGUGAGAUGUGUGAUGCAUGUGAAGCCACAUUAUUUAACAUUCAUUGGGUCUGCCAAAAAUGUGGAUUUGUGGUCUGCCUAGAUUGUUACAAAGCAAAGGAAAGAAAAAGUUCUAGAGAUAAGGAGUUGUAUGCCUGGAUGAAGUGUGUGAAGGGGCAGCCUCAUGAUCACAAGCACCUGAUGCCAACGCAGAUUAUUCCAGGCUCUGUUUUGACAGAUCUUUUAGAUGCUAUGCACAAUAUUAGAGAAAAAUUUGAAAUUAAAUCCCACUGUCAGUGUACUACCAAGCAGAGCAUACAAGCUGGCAAGCUCCCUGCAGUGAAUGGUGUGUCUCAGGUUUUGCAGAAUGUCCUUAACCACAGUAAUAAAAUUUCUCUGUGUAUGCCUGAGUCUCAAGAGCAGAAUACUCCUCAAAAGUCUGAGACAAAUGGUAAUGCAAGUCCAAGGAGUGAUGUGAGCACAGAGAGCAAGUUAACACCGCCUGAAUCUCAGUCCCCACUGCAUUGGCUGGCUGAUCUUGCAGAGCAAAAAGCCAGAGAAGAAAAAAAAGAGAACAAAGAAUGUCCUUCUGGAAAACAUUCAAAGGAAGGGAAGGACCAGGAUAAUUUGGAGUCCCCAAACUGUAAAAGUUCCCCUCCUGCAUCCCAGAACAAUGAGCAGGGCUCAACCUUACGAGAUCUGUUAACUACAACAGCAGGCAAACUGCGUCUGGGUUCUACAGAUGCUGGCAUUGCCUUUGCUCCAGUUUACUCUACAGGAACAGCAAGUGGCAAGAGUGGAAGGACUAUGCCAAACAUUCUUGAUGACAUAAUUGCUUCAGUAGUAGAAAACAAGAUUCCACCAAAUAGAGCACCAAAGAUAAAUAUAAAAUCUGAAAUAAAAGACGAGCCAAAGGAUGAUAAAAAACAUAUUCAGGAUGACUGCAGUAAACAGUACAGUGAUAUCCAGUAUUCGUGGAUCUGUGAUAAGCAUGUUCUGUGGCUCAGAGAUCAUAAAAACAGCAACAACUGGAAGCUCUUCAAAGAAUGCUGGAAACAAGGAAGGCCUGUUUUGGUAUCCGGUAUGCAUAAGAAAAUGAAUUUCAGCCUGUGGAAAGCGGAGUCAAUCAGUCUGGAUUUUGGAAACCAGCAAGCUGAUAUCUUGAAUUGCAAGGACAGUAUAAUUUCAAACACCAAUGUCAAGGAGUUCUGGGAUGGUUUUGAAGAUGUUUCAAAACGUCAGAAAGUAAAAAAUGGAGAAACAGCUCUACUAAAACUGAAAGACUGGCCUUCUGGUGAAGAUUUCAAGGCCAUGAUGCCAGCAAGAUACGAGGACUUAUUAAAAAGUUUACCCUUGCCUGAAUAUUGUAGUCCAGAAGGAAAACUAAACUUGGCUUCUCAUCUGCCAGGAUUUUUUGUCCGUCCAGAUUUGGGACCCAGACUAUGCAGUGCAUAUGGUGUGGCUGCUACUAAAGACCAUGACAUAGGAACCACAAAUCUCCAUAUUGAAGUUUCUGAUGUUGUUAACAUCCUUGUUUAUGUUGGCAUAGCCAGAGGAAAUGGAGUACUUUCCAAAUCAGGAGUUUUGAAGAAGUUGGAAGAAGAGGAUUUGGAUGACCUUUUAAGGAAGCGGUUGAAAGAUUCAAGUGAAUUACCUGGUGCUUUAUGGCACAUUUAUGCUGGCAAAGAUGCUGACAAGAUCCGAGAGUUUCUGCAAAAGAUAGCAAAGGAGCAAGGCCUAGAAGUUUUACCGGAGCAUGAUCCAAUCCGUGAUCAGAGUUGGUAUGUGAACAAGAAACUUCGCCAAAGACUUUUUGAAGAAUAUGGAGUAAAAACCUGCACAGUUAUUCAGUUCCUUGGUGAUGCUAUUAUUCUACCAGCAGGAGCACUUCAUCAGGUGCAAAAUUUUCACAGCUGCGUUCAAGUAACGGAAGACUUUGUGUCUCCAGAACAUCUUGUACAGUCAUUUCAUUUAACGCAGGAGCUGAGGCUGUCAAAGGAAGAAAUCAAUUACGAUGAUAAAUUGCAGGUUAAAAAUAUCUUGUAUCAUGCAGUUAAAGAAAUGGUGAGAGCUUUGAAGAUUCACGAAGAUGAAAUGGAAGAUAUGGAUGAGAACUGAGCACACUCUGCUUUUUGGAGGCAGCAUCACCUCGGAGGUUAUUUCACCUGAUCUAUGAAAAAGUAUACACAAUAAUUUAAGCUUCACAAACCAUCAGUGCCAAGAAAACACAGUCAUUGUGUUUUCUUGUUAGUGACACUGCGACAGUAGAGCUUGAUAUCACAGCCACUGUGAUUCCAUGUUCCACUUGCAAACAGUUGACCGGCAUUCUGCUGUCUGUAUUAUAAUGUACAUGAAGUUUAUGAAAUGUCAAAGAUUUAAGAUUAUGUAUUUAUUUUUGGAAAAAAACUAAAAAAUUCUAUGCUAUAUUGUUGAUCAAAUGUAAAUGUGACUUGUACAGUUUGCUAAAAUAAUUCAAACCUUUUUCACUACAUUGAGACAGUUACUGUGACAGUAGGACACAAACACCAGCUAUUGCCUGCAUUUGGGAUCUUGCUGAGUCCGCACAGCAGUCAUGUCAUAAUCUGAAAAUUACUGCCAAAUAAUUGUAAACUUUGUAAAAUAUAAAGUAUAUAAAGUAGAUAUUAAAUACAAACACUUCAGUAUUUUAUUGAAGCUAUUCAGUGUACAAUUAAACGUUUUCAAAAGGUGUAAUUUAUUUAAAAAUUGUCUCAUUUUGGUAAAAUUUAUGUGAACUUUUAAGGCUUAAAUAUUAAACUUAAUAUGCUAUGUAAAUAUAUACAUAUAUACAUUCAAUGAUGUAUUUUUUUAAAACAUUGGCUUGCUUUAAUUUGUUAAAAGUGCAAGUGUUACACAUGCUUUGUACAUUGAAGUUGAAAAGGAUUUUACAUUUUCCAUUAAAAUGACUUUGUCAGA